CAAAAAUCUCCAUUCAUAUAACUUGUUCGUUGCGAAGGCAAAGAGACCAUUCGUUUAUGAAAGUUCUGACUGACCGGGUCGCGUUUUGAAUUUUUCGAUCGACUAGUUUUUUCAACGUAUUUUUUGGUGAGCAUGCACAAGUCGAAAAUCGAGGAUGAAAGUGAGGUUAUAACAGACGGUAAACCGGAAGUUUGGGAGGUGGAACCUUCUAGAGCUGCCAGGAAUUGUCGAAAUCUCAUCAGAGAGAUAGUCGAUAAUUUGAACUUAGAGCCAAAUCCAGAAAAACCAGUUAUUGCGUUAUCUAUAGGCGAUCCUACUGUCUACGGCAACUUAAAAGCGGCAGAAGAAACCGUUCAAGCAGUACGGGACGCUCUGGAAAGGGCCAUUCACAAUGGCUACGCCAACAGCAGCGGAACCUCGGAAGCCAGGCAGGCCGUGGCAGAAUAUUUAUCCCGCGACGGGGUGCAAUUCCAGCAGGAAGACGUGAUCCUAUGCAGCGGUUGUUCCUCUUCCUUGGAACACUGCAUCGCUGCUCUGGCAGACGGCAGCAAAGGCCAAAAUAUCCUCGUGCCCAGACCUAGCUUCCCCCUUUAUUGGACGCUCGCUGAACACAUUGGGGUUCAAACCAGAUACUACAACCUGAUUCCUGAAAAUAACUGGGAAGUGGACCUGGGCCAUCUGGAAUCCCAAAUAGACCACAACACCGCCGCUAUUCUAAUAAACAACCCCUCCAAUCCCUGUGGAUCCAACUACACCGAAAACCAUCUGCGAAGCCUCUUAGAAAUCGCUUACAGACACAGACUGCCCGUCAUAGCUGACGAGAUCUACGAAAAUCUGGUAUUUCCUGACCAGAAGUUCGUUUCCAUGGCCAGCCUCGAUGCCUACGUCCCCAUUUUGAUAUGCGGGGGACUAGCGAAGAGGUUCUUAGUGCCCGGUUGGAGGUUAGGAUGGAUCGCUGUGCACGAUCCGGUGGGAGCUUUCGAGAAAAUCCGCAAGGCGCUGAAUGCCCUCAAUCAAAGAACGAUUGGCAGUAACACUUUGGUGCAGGGGGCGCUACCAGCUAUCUUGAAAAACACGCCACAGUCAGCAUUCGAUGAUUUGAGCGAGUUUUUGUGCAGCAAUGCGAUUGUGGCGUUCAAGAAGCUGCAAGAGGCUAGGGGGUUGACCCCUUUCAUGCCACAAGGGGCUAUGUAUAUGCUGGUGGAGAUACAUAUGGAUAGGUUCCCGAUGUUCAACAGUGGAUUGGAGUUCACGAGGAAGAUGAUGGAAGAAGAAUCGGUCUUCUGUUUGCCGGGAGAGUGUUUUACAAUUCCUGGGUUCAUGCGGAUUGUUCUAACGGUACCAAUGAUGGAAGAAGCCUGCCUGAGAAUUAUUGAAUUUUGCAAUCGAUAUUAUACCAAAUAAGUUAUUUUAUAUUCAUGAGAAUGAUAUCUACCUCUUAGCCUAACUCAGAGACUGACUCAGCGAUAUUAUAUAAUAAACUAGUUAUUGUAAUUCAACGGGUUUUGAAAACCUGAUUAAUUUUAAUAAUAUAUUCUAUAAUAUGCAAGUAUUGAAUAUUAUGUAUAAUUUAUACUUGUGAAUAAAAUCUCAAUAGUGUUGUGAA